AACAUCAACGAUAUACAUUCCAACUCUCCACUAACACAAUGUAUAUAUAUGGUGAUGAUGAUAAUGUACUCUUGAGAAAGUCAUUUACAAACAAAGGAAAACGAACAAAUACUCAAAACAAAAACAAAAACAAAACAGAGCUUUGCUUUUUGCCCGGUUUAGACAACGAUCUUUCAUGGCUUACACUAACAAAAUCUCGGCAGCAGCUGCGGUUGCGACAGCGAUGCUAUUUUUAGCGGUCAUGAUCGCUCCCCGGUGGACGGAAGCACAAACGAUGCCAAAGCUGGAUCCAGUGUGCGCUUUGUUGAUCACUGACACCCUCACCAAAUGCUACUUAAGCGGGAAUUUGACGCCAUCUGAUGACUGCUGCAGCGCUCUCAAAUCGGCGACCGAUAGGCAAGUAACUUGUCUCUGCGACGAUUUCAUCGCACAUUCUUCUGACAACAACGUCACGCAAGCUCUGUUGGAAGUAUACCACAACGACUGUGGCGUUGCUGACAAGUUUGCCUGCAAAGGAAACUCCAAUGGAGGAGCAAUGAAGAAGAUCAGUGCAUCAAUUGGUCUACUUGGUUUGGCUGCAAGUCUGUUCUUUUAAUUAAUUAAAGCUUGGGCUUAUCAAAUACUCCUGUAAUUCUUCUUCUUUCUUAUUUUGUUGUUUGUAUUUUUUGUUUUCUUCCAUAAUCUGACAGCUCGAAAACUCAUUUAGUUGGUCAUUGCAUUUGUAACAAGCUUUGUUUGUAAAUGGUUGUACGUCUGCUUCUGAAAUUUAUUAUCGGAUUAUCACUAUUUUUUUU